UCCAGAGCUAACUUUUGACGUUGAGGCGAUAUGUGGCGGGGAGUUAAGUCAUUUUGAUGAUAAUAUACCUAUAUAUAUAUAUGGACCGAAUACGAUCUAAGUAUUAAAUAUGAAUUUUUGUCUGGGUAAUCGUAUAUUUUCUGCCACGACGUUGAUAACACGCGAACUUUAUUUCCCGGAAAUAAAUGACGAUCAAAUCGGGAUGUACAGUGUAUUAUGUUUUACGCAGUUCACUUUCAUAUAUCAAUAUUUUGAUCAAUGCCAUGUGCAUGGUAUAUAAGAGAGAGAGACAGAGACAGAGAGAGAGUCUGUUUGCUGCAUUUGUCCUACUGUUCUGCUCCGACUUCGAUAUAGAAGACGGGACAUAUGUCUCCUGGUUUAGCCUUGCUGUUACGAACCGUGUGUAGGCUUACUGGGAUAAUCUGAAGCCAGGAAGGAUCUCCAAAAAUGGAGAAGAAUCCUAAACAAAUCUGCCGUGAGAAAAUGCCAGACAAAGACUGGGUGAAAAUCAGACGCAAUUACCAUGAGCUUCUGGAUCAGAUUGACCCGGACCUUCUGAUUGAUAGGCUGUAUAGUGAGUUCAUAUUAGAUGAUGACGACUGUGAAGAAAUAUGCACCCUCCGGUCAAAAAGCCGACGCGAGGCUGCUAGAAAAUUACUUAAUACACUGAGGCGACGUGGACCAACAGCUUAUGGUGGCUUUUUAACAGCGUUGACUGCAAAUGGUUAUCCAACAGUGUUCCAAAAACUACAGAAUUGUAACGAAGAUUUUAUACUUCACCCAGGCACUCCAUUUGCCAUCAAAAUUGAUGUCAACAUGUAUGUUAUGGACAGUGAGUUGCGAUCUAUACCGCUAGAACCAAACCCGGAACUGGCACAUAAAAUUCAAGUUUGUGUCCAAGAAGCUAUACCAGAUUUGAUACCAGCCAUUGCUUGCGCUCAGGCAAACCUAAAUGAAACUCGUCCGAAACUCGCACUACCAGAGAUAUUGGCGAAUGUAACUGAAGAUAACCCAACAAAUGUUACUAAGCAUUCAUUAUCUGUUCAAUCAGUUAUCGAGCUGAUAGAUCUUUUAGAAGCGUUCGCUGGCAACAGAGAAACGAUUAUUGUUACAGAACUGGUUGAGAAACGAAGCUCAUUGGACAAAUAUAAAGUCAUUAGCUCAAUCUCUGGUAUUGUUGGUAUGGUGAAUGUAAUUGGAACACUGGCAUUCAUGUCCACUUCAGCUUUGAUUGUAAUAACUCCCAUUUCAGGGUUGGUGGUUCUUAUGGCUGGCACAAUUCAAGGGUUCUCAGUGAUCAGAUCUACGGUUGAAGACAUUCACAGAACACAGGCCACGAAAGUGGAAUUAAGUAAACUGCUGAAGACUGGGGAUGAAUUGCACAAACAAAUUAUAGAUAAACUGGCAAUUUCUAAUCUGGCUAUCCAGUCGUCUACAAUACCGACGACAUUAAAGGAAACAUGCAAAGUUAUAAUCUCUAAUAUUGAUUCUGUACUAGUCGAUACGGCUAUCACAGAGAGCUCUUUAAUACAAUUAAGUUUAAUACAAUUAAGUUAUAAAAGAGAAGACCGAGCAAUGGAUCAACUCCUGAAUUUGACUAAUAGCAUGAACCGAGAUCUGGCACAACUUACCCAAAUGGUAAAAGAUCUGAAGUCAGUAAGCGAGGAGUUAAAGUUGCAAACUUCUAAUUAUGUGUCUCAAUAAAAGACACCAUACGUGUACCUUUAAAUAUAACGAUGCGUUAUUUGCAUUUUACUCGAAACGAUCAAUUUCUAAUCAUAUAGAACGAUCGCAACAUUUAGCUUAACUUCUAAUCAUGUCUCAAUAAAGGAUAUCACAACAUGUACACUGUAAAAAAUAUCCAUUUCUUUAUGUGGCCGAAUUCCGUAAUUUAACACCUUUUUUCUGUUAAUCGAUGGACUUUUUGGAGAAAUUGUGUUAAUAGUGUAAAUUAUUUCUUCAAAUUACGUGUUUUAUGAAUUUCUGUGGAAUAUCCAGUAUUAAACAGGAAAUUUCCGUGAAAUUUAGGGAUAAAAUGUUUCAUUCCCUUCUAUAAUGGACUUAAUUCUGUAAUUUUACGGAAUAAACGGUGGAUUGACAAGGAAGUUCCUUGAAAUUUAGGGAUAAAAUGUUUUAUUCCGUUCUGUAAAGGACUCAAUUCUGUUAUUUUACGGGAUAAACGGUGCAACGAUAAGUAAUCGUAUACAUAUAUAAUCAUUCCUAAUAAUCAUCAUGUUAUAGUAUUCAUUUCAAUUUAUUAACCAUAAUAUGAAGAAUCAUAUUUUGUAAAGUUUGUUAUAUUAAUUGUCAUCUAAUUUCGAUUAUUUAUAAGAUCUAUAAAGUGUAUUGUGAUUCAUCAUACGGAAAUCAGAUUGUAAGUAUUUUCAUGAAUGUAUAAAAAUAUUUUUUAAUGCUGCAUGUGUUAAGGUUGUAAUAUCUUGUAAUCAAGCACGCUUAAAUCCGGAUAACCGGUUGACCAGUGUAAGUCGGCUUGUCUCUAUGGCAGAGUCUACAUACCUGUCAAUUGAUAAUACCGCAAACUUACAUCUGAAAGCCUCCAACCACUGACGAGUAGCGGUUUGUGAUACCUUGCUCUCGAUUCUUAUAUUAGCGAAAAGAGGUUACGUUUAAAGAUUAUCUGCGGUAUCACUUCGGUGGAAGCGGACGUUAAAUAAAGCUAUUUCACGCACGCGUAUAAAGUCAAUGGUUAAUUCAAUGAAAUUUUUAUCACCUUCAUCGUCAGGAAACAAAAUUUACCAGGAUUUUUUUUUCUGUAUUUGAAAAUGGAAUUUAUGUUAAUUGAGGGAAUUUCUGUAAAUUACAGGAAAAACAAAUACGGAUAAAAUUUUCCUGGUAAUUUUUGUUUCCGGAAAUUUUUACGUUUUUUCACGGAAAUUUUUGUUACAGUGUAGCUUGACUUCUAAUUAAGUGUCUGUUCACAUACAGACCUCUGCUCGAAACCAUGACACACAGAACACCCGAUCCCCCAACACGGGCUUUUAAACAUUCACAAGAAGCAUCGUAUUGAAACGUACCUAUUUGCAGAUCUUCGGCAGUUGGUUAAAAAAGUUAAUAACGAUAUAACAAGCUAUUUGACAUUAACAUGAUGUCGUGUAUUGUCCCUCCCUUCGAUAUUUACUGUCAGAAUUAUCGUUCUUGAUCAAUAUAAAAGAUCCUGUGGUUAUCCAGAGACACAAGUCUACAUCCGAUUGAUAUACAAUUUAUAGACAGUGUUUAUUUGGAAUUUACAAAAUAUGUUUGUGUUAAUGAACCGAAUGACUAAGAAAUUUCCUCAGGAUUUUCCGAUGGCACUGAAAAAAAAAGUGGUCUCUUGUACACAUUGACGUGAACGUAGAAAGAACCCUUGGCAGUUGGAAUUCAAAAUAAGAGUAGGCCGCAGUGCCGCUGUCCGGGAAAAAUUUCCUCCAAAGCACAAUGCAUGGCGUUUGUUCGUCUUUAUUAUCCCAGUCAGUGCAUUAAAGUAGGAUGUUAAACUCAAUUUCUUUUCGGAUUGCGGGUACAUGUUAAGUAUAAUAAAUUUUAUUUCUGGUAAUUACUUCACAGGUUGUUACCCUUGAUCAGUUUAUUUUUCUCGUUACUAAAAAUAAUUAAUGUACAACAACAUUAUUGUGAAAUAAACGGACGUCUUGGCUGCAGUGGUCGUAUGUUCGUUGCCUAAGAUAUAUAUAUAUAUGUAGUUCUGGUGAAAAUACUCUUCAACUGGCGUUUUCCAUGGAUAAAGCUUGCACAUUCAUCGCAAUUUUAAAGUAUUACUUUUGAUUUGUACUUGGGACUAAUAAAAAAUAAUAUUAAUUGUAGAUUUCUUUAUAUUAUUUAAUAUCUAGUGUGACUAAUAAACAAUUCGAUAUUCAUUGUAGUUCGGUAGAUUUCUUCAUAAUAUUUAAUAUUUAGUUGGACAUAAACAAUAUUUUUGUGCAUUGUAGUUCGGUAGAUUUCGUUUAUAUUAUUUGAUGUUUACUAGGACUCAUAAACAAUAUUAUAUUCAUUAUUGUUCGGUAGAUUUCGUUUAUAUUAUUUGGUACAUUGGCGUGCACGUACAAGAUCACUUGUCAGUUGGAAUUUGAUAUAAGAGUAGGCCAUAGUGCCGCUGCCCGGGCAAAAGUUCCCUCAUAGCACACUGUAUGGCGUAUGUCCGUUUUCAUUAGCCCGGUAUAGGAGCAGAACAGUAGAACGUUAAACCCCAUUUCAUUUAUAUAUUAUUUGGUAUUUACUAUGACUAAUAAACAGUUUACUCAUCAUAGUUCGGUAGAUGUAUUUCAUGUUAUUUGAUGUUUACAUGGACUAAUAAACAUUUAUUUUUGCUGUAGAUUGGUAGAUUUCUUUUCAUCACAAACUUAUGUUUUUAAUAGACUUGUUAACUUUUAUCAGAUAUUUAUUUUAAAGGCAAGGGGAAAUAACUCUUUAAGUCAUCUUGAUCAAAUGAAUCAUUUAUCUUGUGGUUUAGCAAAGCAUUAAAAAAAUUGAGCUUG